AUGGUCGCCGACGCGCUCAUAUACCACCCGACGGUGGCCCAUUACCUCCGCUUUGCCGCCACCACCGUCGGCCGCGACAAAGUCCUCCGCACGCUGCAGUAUUUUGCCCGCUUCUACGUCUGGUAUCGCAUGCGAACCAACGGCACCGCCGCCGAGAUCGCUCCAUGGGAAGCCCUGCGCGCCCAGCUGACAAAAGGCCGCAAGCUGCUGACGGCCGGCAAGAAUGUCGAACACAUCAAGGCGGCUGCCGUCGCCGCCGCCGACCCCAAGCUCGCUGCUGCCGCUGCUGCCGGCGAGCCGCUUCUCCGCUACGCCACCAUCGGUCGUCAGAUGGGCUAUGCCGGGUACCUUACGCUGGACCUGCUACUAAUUCCCGAGUCGCUCGGCGUGAAGCCGUUUGCCAACCGCUCGCUCGCCACUCGCAUGCGCCGCGAGGCCUUCCGCUUCUGGACCAUCGGCCUGCUCUUCUCCGUCAUCGCCCAGACCUACACCCUCCGUCGUCUGCGUGCCCGUGAGGCCCAGAUCGACCGCAAGGACGGCGAGGGCGUCGUCGAGAGCAAGCGGAUAGCAAUCGAACGCACGGCUAGCCAGCUCCAGCUAUUCAGCGAUGUCUGCGACCUCACCGUCACCACCUCCAGUCUCGGCUGGACCGCCUUUGAUGAGGGCAUCGUCGGCCUGUCCGGUACCGUCAGCAGCCUGAUCGGUCUUUACAACCAGUGGAGGAAGACUGCCUGA